UUCUUCUGCAACAGAGUUCCAAUUUUGAAGGAUUCACAACCAGCCACCAUGAUCCACAGAAGCCUCUUCUCCCGCUGCUUUCUCCCAUCUCUUCGCCUCCCUUCUUCCUCGUCAAAGCUUGGAGGAGGCUGCCAUGGCGAUGCGUUUAGGGCAAUAUCUUCCAUGCCGGAGCCUUGCCGAUCAUCGCCCAUCAGUGAUGGUGAUAGCUGCGAUUUUGAUUGGGAUAGUCUUGGAUUUGGGCUGAUGCCAACAGAUUAUAUGUAUAUUAUGAAAUGCGCUAUAAAUGAGAGUUUUGAACGAGGUCAAAUCAGCCGUUAUGGGAACAUUGAGCUUAGCCCUUCUGCUGGGGUUCUAAAUUAUGGCCAGGGAUUGUUUGAAGGUCUAAAAGCAUAUAGGAAAGACGAUGGAGGGGUUCUUCUGUUUCGUCCACACGAAAACGCCCUCCGUAUGAGGGCUGGCGCUGACCGAAUGUGUAUGCCGUCGCCCACCGUCGAGCAAUUUGUUGAUGCUGUGAAGCAAACUACCAUUGCUAAUAGGCGUUGGGUCCCUCCGCCGGGGAAAGGGUCACUUUACAUAAGGCCUUUGCUCAUUGGAACGGGUCCCAUUCUUGGGUUGGCACCCUCCCCUGAGUAUACUUUUCUAGUGUUUGCUUCCCCUGUUCGCAACUAUUUUAAGGAAGGUUCGGCGCCCUUGAACCUAUAUGUCGAGAACGAAUUCGACCGAGCAUCUCGUGGCGGAACCGGAGGUGUGAAAAGCAUUUCGAAUUAUGCUCCGGUGUUGAAAGCUAUAACCCGAGCGAAAAGCCGAGGCUUUUCUGAUGUGUUAUACCUUGAUUCAGUGAAUAAGAGAGAUGUGGAGGAAGUUUCUUCCUGCAACAUUUUUAUUGUAAAGGGCAAUGUUAUUUCAACUCCUGCUACACAUGGAACGAUUCUUCCAGGAGUAACCCGGAAAAGCAUCAUUGACAUUGCCCGUGAUCGCGGUUACGAGGUCGAGGAACGGGCUAUUAACGUGGAAGAAGUGUUGGACGCUCGUGAAGUUUUCUGCACGGGAACGGCUGUCGGGGUGGCUCCUGUUGGGAGCAUCACAUGUAUGGAUAGAAGGAUUGAGUACCAAACAGGUGCGGAGACGACAUGCCAGGAACUGUAUUCAACUCUUGUUGGGAUUCAAACUGGAACCAUUGAGGAUAAGAUGGGAUGGACUGUUGAGAUCUGUUGAGUUGUUCAUCGCCCCCUCUGCGUUGAAAGGUUUAAUGUAUAAAUUGGGGGAUUGUAAGCAAAUAUUUGGAGUGAUUAAUGUGGAUUGGACAAUAAUAUUGUGUAGGCCAAAAAUUGGGGACAGCCCAUUGAAUUUUGUGAAUAAUAAUUGUGAAUGGACUGCCUUUUCAUUAACUACAUGGUGGGCGA